AUGGGUGACGCAAAUGUCAGUCAAUUAUUCGACAGUCGCUUUGCUCAAGUGCUCAGAGCCUGUUCUGAGCCUGUCCAAGUUGCCUUCUCCUCCUCCCUCCGCCUCGUUCCCUCCCGCCCUCUCCGCACCAUGGCCACCGUCGCUGGCCGCAAAAAGUCCGUCAUUUCCACCGCUGGCCUCACCAUCGAUACCCCUGUUGCCACCAACGGGCUCCUCAAUAAGGCCGCGUCCCAGUCAACGUCCUUGUAUCAACAAUGUUCUGCCCUGCGCUCACGCCUCAUGCUCAUCCGCGGUUUCCCCCACUACUUCAACCUCGCCACGCCCCCAGACUCGCGCCAAUCAACUGACCCAGUCACACAGCUUUGGGAUCUCUUUGCCCUUGGAGUCCCCCUGUGCUACAUUUUCGACCUAUUACCCGCCGAAGCGGGUUUCAACAAAAUCAAUAACUCCUCCUUCACAGCAGAUUACGAUGCAAACCCUGACCGAGCUCAGAAACGCGCCAUCGCCCUUUUCGCUAUGCAGAUUCGCACAGACGAGGUUACUCAGAAGAUUCCUGGUUGCGAACUUUUCACAGUAACGGACCUAUGGGACCGCAAGCUAACGGAUGGUUUGGUCAAGGUUAUCAAUACGGUCACAGCGAUCGUGGAUCAUCUCCAGCCAGAUGUCUUUGAAGAAUCGCCCCCGUCACCACCCACCCUGUCUUCACACGACUCUUCGGACUCGCUGCUCGACGCCUUGCCACAACCUAAUGGCAAAGAGGCGGCACGAAACAAUAUUGUCCGAGAGAUGGUGGAAACGGAACGCAAGUUUGUUCAGGAUCUAGAAAUUAUGCAGGUCCGUGUCUUCGUGCCACUUAUGUCAUUGGCUCUUCCCAUUCAACCCGCCGGUUACGUACAGAAAUACUCUAAUGCGCUGUCACAAGCCAACCUGAUGGAUCAGGACACCAUACACCUCCUCUUUCCAAAUCUCAACAAACUUCUCAACUUUCAACGCAAAUUCCUAAUUCGUUUCGAGAGUACAGCUGAAUUGCCCUGGCAAGAUCAGCGGUGGGGCCAACAUUUCCUAGAAAGCGAAGACGAAUUUGUUGUAUAUGAGCCAUAUUGCGCCAACUAUACCAACGCGACCGAGCUGAUGCUCGCGAACGAAGAGAGUCUCGUGCCGCUAAACCACCUAAUCAACGUCAAAGGCGAGCUACCUGCCUUCCUAAUCAAACCGAUUCAACGAGUGUGCAAGUAUCCACUCCUCCUUGAUUCUCUUAUCAAGGCAUCAUCGCCCACGACAUAUCAACAUUUUGAUGAACUCAAGAGAGGGUCUGAUGCAGCUAAACGCAUCACAGAUAAGAUCAAUGAGGCACAACGCCGCGCUGAAAACGAACAAACCGUGAAGAGUUUGCACUAUCGCAUCGACGACUGGAAAGGUCACCAUCUCGAAAACUUUGGCGAGCUCCUGUUGGAUGACAUUUUUGUCGUGACCAAGUCCGAUAUUGAUCGGGAAUACCACGUGUUUCUGUUCGAGAAGAUCAUUCUCUGCUGCAAGGAGGCUCCUCUUUUGCCUCAGAAUGGGAGAAAUAAGGUCGGCAAGAACAACUCUAUUCUGAAGAAGCAGGGUACACCUCCGCCUCUGACCUUGCCUGGUGGCGUUGGACAACCACAAAAGAAAACCACACCCCUCUUGUUGAAGGGGCGAAUCUUCCUUGGUAAUGUUACUCAAGCCGUCCCAGUAUCAGCCCGGAUAUCAACACCUUCUGGUGUACCGCCACAUUUCCCCCUUGCUGUAUGGUGGAAAGGUGACGACGACCUCGAAUUCUUCACACUGCGUUGCAGGCGAGAGGAGCAGAUGCGGCAAUGGGAAGCCCAAAUUAACCGCCUUAUCAAAGAAGCUGCACAAAGGAAAGCCUCGGAUCGCCCUACUAUGUCGGGUAUCGCUCGGAUUGCUAUGACCAACAGCAUCAACCCAUCGUCUGCCUCUCGCUUUGGAAACUCGUCGACGUACUCCAAUGGUGCCCCAGUGUCUAUACACCACCAGCCCUCUAUCAGUUCCUCUAUUCGCAGCAAUCGUCCAGUUAACAGCUACAACCACGACGACGCAAGUAGCAACGCAGGCAGCAUGUAUAGCGCUGGACCGCAAGGCUACCCACCACAUGACGGUUUCGAUUUCGAGCCAGAGGACGAGGAGGACUACGAGGACUAUCCUCCAGUUUCAGCGGCGAAUUAUCCCGCUUCAGGACGGGGUACACCUAUGGGAGGCCCUCCAGGAGCCCGUCGAAACCCCAAUGCACUUAGCAUGCCACUAGAAAGAGAGCCUGUUGCCGGUUAUGACCGGCCACGAGCGCAAACGGAAAGUACGGAUGGUUUGACGAUGGCUCAGUGGAGGAAUGGCCUGCCACAACCCCCGUCUAACCAACCUUCGCCUGCGGGCGCGCUAAGGCCCAUCACUCCUCGGAUGAACUCAAACGUGAGUGCUAAUAGCUACACAUCCGACGCGAGUUUCGGCAACAGCUCUGUCCCGCUUCCGCUUAAAUCUUCCUCCCGUCCGGUGUUACGCAGUCAAGCAAGCUCAAACCGUUUGAAGAACGGAUACGAUGCGUCAUACAACUCUGGAAUCCCUACUCCUGCUGUGAAUUCCUCUGACUACCGCACUGUACGCGCCCCAACGCCAACGGGUGGGCUCACGGCGCCUCUUAUGAAUCGAUCGCGGAGUGCAAGUCAGCCAACUGCAUAUGUGCCGAAGACGGCCGUGCCACCACCGAUGCCAUCCUAUAAUUCCCAUUGGAGCACCCACGAUCGUUCAAACCAUUUGAACAAUAAUAAGAGAGGCAGCGGGUCAAGUCAGUCUACAGGUGACAGUUCGGAAUACUCGCCGAACAGUUCGUCGCCUGUUACGCCAUUCGGAUCCAGCGAGUCUUCUUUGGGUGGUGUCGCUAUCCGCAACUCACGAACACAGCCAUACGAGAGCGCGCCCGCCCUUAAUGGCCAUCAUAACGUCAAAGUGAAGGUCCAUUUCCACGAAGAUAUCUUUGUGAUCCAGGUAUCGCGGGCAACAGAAUAUGAAGAUCUUGUGGAGAAGGUGGGCAGAAAGAUCCGGUUAUGCGGCCCAAGGAGGGACGACGGACCCUUGCGGGUGAAAUAUAAAGAUGAGGACGGAGAUAUGGUCUCAUUAGGGUCGACAGAGGACGUCCAGAUGGCCUUUGAACAGGGAGGUCAGGUCACUCUCUUCGUGACGUGAUCUGGAUUUCUCCUUUCGCUGCUGGUCUUGGUCUGGCAAUUAUGUGUCCCCCUCUCAUUUCUCCGUCUCUGUUUCCUGGAAGCAUCAUCAUUCAUUCAUCUGCAUUAUCCAUCACCAUCCACCAAAAUUUACCGGGCGUCAUCAUUGCACACCGUACCACUAUCAUUCUUGUCUUUCAUCCCCCUGGGUAUCAUGGAGUCCAUCACCGCCACAUUCCUUUUCGACCCUUGUAUUACACUCUCUUUGCAAGCCCUCCACUCCUGCCUCGACUCGACUCCUUAUCUCCUAUAUUCUGACACACCCAUAUAGUUAUAGUCGGUCCUUUGAUUUUCGAAGAGGCUUAAUGGCACAGAUGCGUCGCUCGUUACAGUUAUCUUCGUCUUCUCUCUCUUUCUCCCUCUCUGUCUGUCUGUCUGUCUCCGUACCCACCCUCCUUGUGGUUCUCGCUUACUUAUCUAACUGUUAUUUUGUUCUUCCAUGGAUUUUCUUUUCGCCUUGACAACUGUUAUACACAGGUUUAUGUAAUAUCAUAGAGGAAUGCUAUU